CAGAGGGUUGAAUCCCGGCCUUGCUUCUCGACCCCAAUCCCUCUAUGUACCUUGGUGGCUGACGCGUGUAUGUAAGGGGGAGAUUCCGUCAGACUCCAGAUCUUCUUACGGUCAAUUUGGGCAGUGGGUAGUCUAUAUGAUCUUCCUGUCGGAAACUGGCUUGGAUCAUCACGGUCGGCCUGCGACCACCAUGCCUUUAUCCACUGACGCAACAUUGCGUCUGUCUUCGAGUCCCCCAACAAUGCCGGAGGGAAUUCCAUGACCCCAUGACCCCAGGGGGAUGUGUAAGUGGUGACGAAAAGUCGACGAUAGAUGGGCAACCCUUGCGGGACACCGACAGGACAACUCUACGCUAGACUCUCAUGGACAGAGAUGAAUCGUGGGGUCUGGGAUCUAUUUUAAUCGUUCCAUUCCCCAUAAUAUGUCGGGGCUUGAGAAAUUACGUGCGAAUAUAUCCCAAGACAAGAUAAGAUGGAGAAUCCCAAGCUGUCCAACGAGCGGGGCUCACACCAACUCGUCUGCCUGAUCACCUACCCGAGAACAGCAUCCAACCUGCUCGUGCGGAUUCUGGCUUUGGAACACCAACCCAAGUUCAUCGCGCGUUCCUCCGGGGCUGGGUACUGUUUUCUGGCCUCACAGCGAUACAUGCAGUUCAACGGUGAACUCACCAGCAAACCCGUCAGCGCAUGGACCGAGGACGAGAAGCGCAAGGCCCAGCAGUUAAUGCAAGAGGACUUCGAGCGGCUCAACUCAUACGUAGGACUGGCUCGCAAUCAGCAAAAAUCGCUCUUCAACAAGGAGCACCUGCACAUGAUGCUGGAUCCGAUCUUCAAAAGCAGACAGCUAUACGGUGAAAACAGCGCCGGGGACGAAGAGCCGUGGAAAGUCCGGCUCCCUCACGCUCCCACAGUGACUAGCUCAUGCUUGAACUCAUGCUUGAACCACACCGUCCUCCCGGACGAGUAUCUGCAAACCUUCUGGCCAACGUUUCUCAUCCGCCAUCCCGCUCUGGUUUAUCCCUCGAUGUACCGGGUGUUAUCCGAUGUGUCCGCUCAGAGCGCAAACAUUGAACGAAUGCUCCAAGCGGCGAUCAAUCUCGGAUGGGUUCGAUCCCUAUACGACUGGUAUGCGACCCGCGAGGAAUCCUCCAUGUGUGCGGAGGAAAAUUCACGCGGCCCGGUUAUCCUGGAUGCCGACGAUAUUAUCGCGCGGCCGGAAGUGGUCCAUCGAUACUGCGAGAUCGUGGGGUUGGAUCCGACCAAAUUGCGAUUCACCUGGGCGGAUAUUAAACACGAGGACCACCCGGCCGGCGAGCGGUUUCUGUCCACACUCCGGGACUCCUCGGGGGUGGACUCGAGCAAAGUUGCUGGGACGAUUGACCUGGUGCGGGAGUCGCAGCGCUGGCGGGAAGAAUUCGGGGAGACGGCGGGCGGGCGUCUGAUGGAAAUGGUGCAGGCAGCGAUGCCAGACUAUGAAUAUUUGCGAUCACGGCGGCUUCAAGGUCGUGCUGCGAGGUGA